AUGUCGACACGCUGCGAUUCUCUGCAAGCAGACGAAGACCCCAAUGACUACGCGACUUCACGAAAGUUAGGAUAUGCAUCCGUCCAGCAGGGACUUGAGAACUCAACGCCACACUCCGAAUGCGACCAGGAUGUCGCAGAGAUCGAAUAUCUGAACGCUUCGCCGCAGGACUACAAAGACGAGGAUGAUGAGCAGGAUCAGCAAGCUGUCUUUGACUACAUUACAUCUUAG